CACGGACCUGACCUCGUGCAAUCCCAACGGUCCAAAAGAGAACCUUCUCGAACCAUCAUGAACAACCCUCGCUCCAUAUUCUGCCUUCUCCACUCACUCUUUCCAAUCAAUAUCGGCUUCCCCCUUUCUCUGAAUUCUGCGUUUUGCGUCUGCAAUCAACAACCAUGUCGUUGAUUCCAAGCUGGUUUGGCCGUCGACCAAACACCGUCGAUCCAUUCUCACUGCAUGCGUGGGACCCUUUCGAAGGAUGGCCCACUCUUCCCCUCGCUGGCUUCCCCUCUGAGAUGUCGUCCUUUGCUCACGCUGAAGUAGAUUGGAAGGAGACUCCUGCGGCUCACGUGUUCAAAGCCGAUGUGCCUGGUAUGAAGAAGGACGAAGUGAAGGUGGAGAUUGAAGAAGGGAAGAUUCUUCAGAUCAGCGGGCGAAGGAACCGGGAACAGGAGGAGAAAACCGACACCUGGCAUCGGAUUGAGCGCAGCAGUGGCAGCUUCUCCAGGAGGUUCAGGCUUCCAGAGGAUGCUAAAGUUGAUCAGGUCAAGGCUGCGAUGGAGAACGGCGUGCUCACUGUGACUGUGCCCAGGGAAGGAGUGAAGAAGCCGGACGUCCGGUUCAUUGAAAUUUCUGGUUAAAAUCUCAGGUGCUGUCUCUUUUGUUCUCUGUAUAAACUAGCAAUGGUUAUGGUUAGGGUCUUAUAUGGGAAAUAAUUGUCUGUGUGAUGAGAAGCUAUGUCUUCUUUUCUUUUUUUUCCCCCCUUGGUGUGAGACUCUGGUGUCGGUGAUCACGAUGUAAAAGCCCUAGUAUGGAAUGAAUUGCGAACUCCGCUAUGCAAUUUAGACUAUCUGACUGCGUGUUUUAAUGAUUACUAUGCUUUUGCUUCCUGGAAUGUCAUUUAAAA